AGACCAAUGGGUAGUGGGGGGCCGGCGCGACAGCGCGGGCGAAGACGCCGAGGCGAGCGCGGGCGGAGGGCGCGGACCGACCGGGAGCACCGGCCAUGGCUUCCAAAUGUCCCAAGUGUGACAAGACCGUGUACUUCGCCGAGAAGGUGAGCUCUCUUGGCAAGGACUGGCACAAGUUCUGUCUCAAGUGUGAGCGCUGUAACAAGACGCUGACACCUGGGGGCCAUGCUGAGCAUGAUGGGAAGCCCUUCUGCCACAAGCCCUGCUAUGCCACCCUGUUUGGACCCAAAGGCGUGAAUAUUGGAGGGGCUGGCUCCUACAUCUAUGAGAAGCCCUCAACUGAGUCCCCUCAGGUCACUGGCCCCAUUGAGGUCCCUGUGGUUCGAGCUGAGGAGCGGAAGGCCAGUGGACCCCCCAAAGGACCCAGCAAAGCCUCUAGUGUCACCACAUUCACUGGGGAGCCCAACAUGUGUCCUCGCUGCAACAAGAGGGUCUACUUUGCUGAGAAGGUGACAUCGCUAGGCAAGGACUGGCACCGGCCUUGUUUGCGCUGUGAACGCUGCUCCAAGACACUGACCCCAGGCGGACAUGCGGAGCAUGAUGGCCAGCCCUACUGCCACAAGCCUUGCUAUGGAAUACUCUUUGGACCCAAGGGAGUGAAUACCGGAGGCGUGGGAAGCUACAUCUAUGACAAGGACCCUGAAGGCACAGUUCAGCCUUAGACCUGCUGUCACUGCCCAAGGUUCUCUUACUUGGCUCUGAGGGAGAGUGACCCACUGCUCAGUCCUGCCUCAGUGUGUCUUGCCUGCAAAUCCAGGGCCAGAGAGGUGGCCUUGUGGACAGUCUCUACAGCAGGCCCAAAUCCAAGCUGGGUGUCACCUUCUCAGCAUGUCCUAUGUUACCGAUUGCCCAUUUUGUGUCUGCCUUCAUGCCCCUGUGUAUUCUGUAUUCCUGAGCCUUAGCAUUCUCCCUUCCUCCUCCCUCUCUUUUGUGUCCCCAUGAUUCUGGCGACUCUGAGGUAGCUGUCUUCUCUCCCUGUUGACAGUGCCUGCCCACCAGUACGAUUUGUGCUUUGCUGGUAAUGGCCACAUGCUCACGAGGUGGCAGCACCCUUGCCAGGCAGGAGCCCCCUGCUGAGUCUCACACUGCCCCCUAUUCACCCCUUAUAUGGUUCACAGCUGCCGAGACUUUUGCUAGCAAUAAAAGGUUUGAGAAAUGCCAA